AAACUAAGGAGGCGUGACAAACUUAAACAAUUUGACGACUUUGAUAAAUAACCAGUGGACAACCGAGAACCAAUACUGGUCCAGCGCUUUGCGGAGCAUCAUGUAAGAUGACACCGUUGGCUUUGAAAGGCGCAGGGAUGUUCUUUGGACAUGUGGAAGUUACCUAUAGUAGCCUAUAGCUAGUCAUUAUUGUGCAGUCAUCAUUUCCCAUAGUGGACCAAGCGGACGAGAGGAACGUCGCUGGGGAUGGUCGAUUUCGUGCCUUUUCAUAGAGGGUCUGUGUUGGGCAAUUCUGGAUGUACUUUCUAAAGUAUUGAAUUUCGCUUUUGACCUGAAAAACGAUUGUGUUCUGAGUGUCUAAACCAUCGUGGAGGAGAGGAGAGAAUAGUCAGUCAUGAUGAAUCCAGAGUGCCCCCAGAGUGCCCCCCAGCCCCCCCCCAGCCCUGAGAGCCCCCGCCAACAGACAGGUCUGGGGAUGCUCUGUCCCCUGAGCCCCAAACAUCGCCCUGGGCCUGGCCUGGCCAGUCCUCAGGAGUACAGCCAAUGGCUGCCCUGCCGCCACGAGUCCAGCCUGCUGCCCAUGAAAGAGGAUCUGGCCAUCUGGCUCAACUGCAUUUUGGGUGCAGACCUGACUGCACACAGUCUGAUGGACCGGCUGGACAACGGGGUUCUGCUCUGUGAGCUGGCCCAGGAGCUGCAAGAUAAGAUGAUAUUAGCCAGCAAUGAGAAGCCCUUCAUCCGCAGAGUUAUCCACUGGCGUCCUGACGCUUCCUCCGGAUCCUUCUUUGCCCGUGACAACACCGCCAACUUCCUGUAUUGGUGUCGAAAGAUUGGCGUGGAUAAGGCUUAUCUGUUUGAGUCUGAGGAUUUGGGAUCCCAGGUGCAGGACACUAGAGACAGUCAGCACGCUGACCUGCUUCUGUCACAGACUGGAUGCUAG